UACCAAUAAUCUUCAUCUAAAAGGAAAGGGCAAACAAAACAAGUUGUUUUAGAAAAAUCUUUUUACUAAUUACAGCCACUUAUGCACUCAAAGUCAAUUAAUUUGACUCUUCUCAUUCAAGUGGCGCAUUCAAAAUUUUGGAGUUUUAUUCCGUAUACUUCCAAUUCCCAAUACCUUCAAUUAUCUUGUACGUACAACGUCCUAGAAAAAAGCCUUUCUAGUUUCUACAAAACAAACCUCUCCUUCUUUGAUUAUUCCUCUUCUCUAUAACUUGAGAUCACCCUUUCUUCUAAAGUCCCAGGCACAGAAAAUCCUCUCUCUCUCUUCCAUGGUGACACCAAUGGAGAAACCAGUCUUGAAAGAAGAAAACCACAUACAUGACUACGAAGAUUCCGGUUCCUCAACCGGGUGUGGCUGUUUCUGGUUUUUGGGGUUCAAACGGCCGAGAAACAACGAAAAUGGAGGAGAUAAACGACAAGUACGCAAGGAAACGACAUGGUGGGUGAAGAAGAUGAACAAGGUCAAGGAGUUGUCGGAGGUAGUUGCGGGGCCAAAGUGGAAGACCUUCAUAAGAAAGGUUGGUGGGUAUUGCAAAGGGAAAAAGCAGAAAAACACUCGGUUUCAGUAUGAUCCUCAGAGUUAUGCUCUGAAUUUUGAUUGUGGUGUUGAUGCAGCAGAAGAAGAAGAAGAAGAAGAUGGCCCACUUCUUGAUAUCUCUUCAAGGUUUACGGCUCCUUUGGGCAGUGAAAAUAGGUCGUUAUAGUCGUUUGUUAUUUAUGUGAAUUUCAUUCUUUAAAGAGCUUGGUUGAGGUUUUCAUCAUUGGUGUAUUAUACCCGUACUUUUAUAUUCAUUCAUUUACGGUCUGGUCUCUUCCCGUGUAACUUCUAAAUUUACU